AUGCUUCAUGUUGCAACAUCAGCUGCCACAGCAGGUGGACAACACGGCAACGAGAUGCAUCCACCGCAGGCUCGAAGCUUCCCUGCACCUACACCAUUCGGCACGCUCAUCAUCAUACCUAUCGAACUACGCCUCAAAAUCUACCGCCUCCUCAUAGAGCGAGGCCAAUCGGCCGUCCUCCGCACUUCUCGAGCCACUAACGAGGAAGCGUUCGACAAGUCCUGCGAACAUGCUGUUUGCCGUCUCGCAUUCAACUGCUACUUGCCAUUUGAUAUCUGUCCGAGCCGAGUGCCUUGGGGUAUCAUACAAAAUCUUGAGCUCCGGGUACAAACCGUCAAAUACCACGAUACUUCUUGUAUCGGUUAUUUGAACACAUGGCUGCCGCGCUUUAGCGCAUCCAUGACAAACCUGAAGACAUGCAAGAUUCGCCUUGACUUUGGACCUGCCUACCAUUACGAACCAGAGAUUAUCACGGCCAUCAAAACCCUCGUGGCCCUGCAGAAGAUGACGCUGGCGAUCGCUGUGAACGCUGACCAGGACGCCCACAAUGAUGACGGCCUUCACGGAUCAAUCAUAGCCGGAUCGGGACCGUGA